AUGGAUAACCGCGGUUCUUUCGUGUUCCUCCUCAUCGCUCUCUAUCUCCUUGUCAGCUCCCAGGUCCGCGCGCCGCUGAUCGACCAUGAUAGAGAGCAUCAGCGUCAGGUUGCAGACGAGCAGCACGCGCUGCAUCUUUUGAACGAGUCCCGAUACGGAGAUUUCGAUCCUCGAGCCGAUCGAUGGCUUCCCGUCGCCGGUCUAAGACAGAAUGACAGCUAUUCCUGGGACCUACUGCCGGACGUCCAGCAGAAAGCACGGCGCGACUUGCGCUUCGCACUUGACAAGGCGGGACUACAGAUUCCGGUAGCGUUGGAAAACCCAGAGGAAGCGUCGUCGGUGAACUUGACCCAGAUCUCUCUGCCGGUCUACCGCAAUGUUACAGGGAAGCUUCGGGGAGACUGGGUGCGGCCAAAGCCGGAUGAUCCUGUGUCAUCCCAUCGCUCUCACCUGAAUGUCACAGCCCUUGUCCUUGAAAACGACUAUGUUACCCACGAGUUUGGCCUCAAUGUGACUGGUGAUACUGGAACGCUAUACUUGGACCUCCAUGAGGGAGAUGGGGAGGAACUCUUGCAAGAGCCUCGCCACGUUCGAGAGAUCCGUGCAGAUCUGGCAAUAGAAAGUGGGAGCUCUCUCGGCAAUACGUGGUACAUGUCGUUGUUUGGGGUUCACUUCCCAGAAUUGGGGGAAGUUAUUCUGACCACGACAAGCGAGAAAUUCGGUGGCAUCUUUUCCUUGCCACACUUUGCACUCUCGCAGGACACUUUCGAUAUCUCCCACCAGCUCCUCAUCAAAUCCCUCUCCGAUACGAUUACAGAGAAGCAAAAUAGCCCGCCUACCUUCUUCCCCUGGUCUUCCCUUCCUCAUGGGUCGCAAGCGAUGUCGUUUCCCACCCCCAAAUGUGAAUACAUCAUUUACCUGCAGCAGCAUCCGAUCAUGCUGCAUGGCAGCCUGGCAGAGCCGGGUGUGAUUGAGCAAAUCGAAGAUGAACUCAGAUUUCCAAUGGGAGCUCCAAUUCCAUCCCCUCCCCUGAUGGAGAUGUCGGCAGUCAUAUUCUCACCAGACUGUGGCAUCGUUCUGGAGACGAAAGGCGCACCCGAAUAUCCUCCCACCGAUUCCCUCUAUCUGGUGGGUCCCAAACAGGAAGAGUACAGUAAAUAUGCGUCGCGUCUGGUCUACGCCAUUGCCGGUGUGACUGUAGCUCAAAUAUACCUGCUUUUGCGUCAGAUCAAGGAAGCUUCCACGCCAUCCACCAGGAGCCGCAUCAGUUUCUACACGAUUGCGAUGAUGGCAAUUGGCGAUGCAGUUGUGAUUAUCUUCACCUUAUUAUCGCUGUUCAAUGACACAUCUUUUUUAGUCCUGACGGCGACUGCUUUUCUAGGAUUUCUGUCUGUCAGCUACAUAGGAAUGAGGUUUAUGAUGGAAAUCUGGUCCGUUCAGGCACCUGAAAGACGGGAGCAGGACCGCCAGACGCAAUCGCAGACGACAAAUACGCGUCAGGAAAGUCAGGCCCCUCCGGCCACUUCAGCGAGAGCUGUGAACUCUGGGGCGACCCCGAUUAUCCUGCCACCCGAUCAGGAUGAACCGGAAGACGAAUUGCCUAUGCCCAAUCAAGGGAACACGCAGCAGAGACAGUCGGAUAACGGCAAUGACGUCGGAGCCAUGUACGCCCGAUUUUACUUCAUUCUGUGCUGCCUCCUCAUCCUCUCGCUCUGGUCGCUUUUGUGGCCGAAUCGCGUAGGUGCGAUAUACGCAAGGGUUCUUGGUUUCAUUUAUCUCUCCUUUUGGACUCCUCAGAUCUACCGCAACAUCAUGCGGAAUUGCCGCAAGGCCCUGCGGUGGGAUUUCGUCAUUGGCCAGAGCAUUCUUCGCCUGUUUCCUUUUGUCUACUUCCUCACUGUACGAGGGAACGUCCUUUUUAUCCGCCCCGAUUCUACGACGGCUUUCGCCAUGGUCGGCUGGGUUUGGUUCCAAGUCUGGGUGCUUGCCAGCCAGGACAUCCUUGGCCCGCGUUUCUUUGUCCCCAAGGGCUGGGCGCCGCCGGCAUACGAUUACCAUCCUAUUAUACGAGACGCCUCCGCUUCUGGGUCUGGCGAAGACGUCGAGUCCGGCACAACAUUGCCGAUUGGCUUUCUGCGCGCUGAGGAACGGGACGCAGCGAGCAGCGCUCGGGACAGCGACAAACCGCGGCCCAAGGACAAGAAGAAGAAGAUCUUCGACUGUGCGAUCUGCAUGCAGGAUAUCGAAGUCCCCGUGGUGACGGCGCCCGGUGGGAUUGCCGGGAGCAGCGUGGCGGACGGUGCGACUAGCAUCCUGGGCCGCCGCGCGUAUAUGGUGACGCCAUGUCGACAUAUUUUCCACAGCACCUGUCUGGAGAGUUGGAUGAGACUGCGGCUGCAGUGCCCGAUAUGUCGGGAAUCUAUUCCCCCUGUAUAG